CUAAAGUAGUUGGUGUCCUUGAUUACCAUCUUUUGAUGGCGUGUAAAGUGCAGUGCCUCCGAUUCUUAAUUAUCUCCACCCACACCUCUUCACUCCUUUAAUUUGAUUGGAGUGCUCUCUAGCUACUUCGUCGCGCACCUCCGGUCAUUGCUACUCCCUCAACACUUGCUUUGGGCCUCCCGGUCCUGGAGAUUUAUCAGGUAUCACUCGAGCAUCAUCCUAGGCAGCAAGGUUCUUGUAUUAGAAGAUGGCUCGCAAUCAAGAAGACAGACGCGCGCGCCUUGCCCUGGAGAAGGCGUUACAUGAUGAUCGCGUGGAGCCAAGCUUUGUUCCUCUCUCACUUCUCGAGGACAUCACAGGGAAUUUCUCCGAGGAUGCAGAGAUUGGCCGUGGAGCAUCUGCAACGGUAUACAAGGGAAGCCUAGAGAAUGGAACGGUUGCCGUGAAGAGGCUAAAGAAGGUUAAAUGGGGAGAUUAUCAGUUUGGAGAUAAUGAGCUUAGUUGUAUGAUACAGGCCAAUCAUAAAAAUAUUGUAAGGCUCUUAGGAUACUGUCUUGUGGCAGAAAGAGCAUGGGUGCCCGUGCCCAGACCAGAAGGCUGGUCCUGGGAAGACGCAAAUCGCCAAUUGCUCCUCUGCACCGAGUACCUGCCUAAUGGCAGCCUUGACAGGUAUAUCAAAGACGAAUCUUGCAGAUUCCAAUGGAGCACACGCUAUCAAAUAAUAAAGGGAAUUUGUGAGGGCCUAGACUAUCUUCACCAGCAAACUGGGCCCAUUAUUCACAGGGAUCUCAAACCUGAGAAUAUACUACUAGAUCAUAACAUGGUGCCAAAGAUCGCGGACUUCGGUCUAUCAAGGAUCUUUAGCGAAGGACAAAUCGACGCCUCUACUGUAAACUUGGCUGGAACUCCCGGAUACAUGGCACCAGAGGUGUAUACAUUUGGCGCCAAUAACAGAGAUAGGAGAUUAAUGAUCUCAAGAGAGGCUGACAGAUAUAGUCUUGGCGUUAUAAUCAUGGAUCUUCUCGUGGGACGUGAUAAAACAAAAGAUUUUCUUCGGAAUAAACAAGGGGGACGCUACAAAGUUGACGAGGUACUUCAAUUUUGGGAGGGUGCGUUUAAGACACUAGCAGAGGAGCACCAUAUACUAGUUAGACAACAAGUAAAGUUAUGUGCUGAGAUAGCCAUGGAAUGCAUGGACAUGGAUCCACGGGAUGAGACUACUGGCGCCUCAGUUUCCGAAGAGAGGAGGACCCCUGAGCAAAGGCCUACGGCAUCCCAAAUCACCCGUAGGCUUGCUGAAAUGGAACAAUCAAACUGGGCAGCACUAGAGAAGCUUUGCCUUGUUGGACCAACCCCAACCGAGAGUGAGGCACUAGCAGCACUUGACAUCCAGCCUCGCGUGCUCUGCUUUCACUUGAAGGAUGCUGAUGAUCACUUGAAGGAUGCUGAUGAUGAGGAAAGGACAUGCUUACUGAACCUAACCAACAGAUCCGAUGGUUAUGUUGGCUUUUGGAUUGAAACUCCUCGGGCCAUCUCUUGCGGUAAGAAAUGCGGAGGCAUUGUGGGUCCACUGAAUACUCGGGUUGUCGUUUUGAGGUUAAAAGGUCCACCUGUGGACACGGGCGUAGUCAAGAUACGGACAAUAGCGAUGAGCAUUUUGGAUGGCCUGAACAGCAAGGGGAUCAUUGAUAAUGGAGGGUUAUUCGCUGACUAUCUACUGGAAAUGAUCUGCAAAUCAGCUGAAGGCGCCUCAUUUGCUGGUGGAAAAAGGUUGCAUGAGACAGUACUGAUGACUGCUGUCAUCCGCCCAUCAUCAUUAGUACGCCCAUCAUCAAGACGACAAUAUGGUCAAAUUCAUUCCAUAGAUGUGCAUCCGGACAAACCAUGGAUUUUGAUCAGUCUCGGAGAGACCAUUUCCAUUUGGAACUACGACACGCAGGAGGAAGAGGAAAGCUUUGCACCCGGUAAGCAAGGCAAAGGCAAAGGUUAUGACCUACGUAAUUAUAUUGAACUGGUCAAAUUUAUGCCAAGAGAGGGAGAAGAAUGGAUCGUGACCGGAGAUACUUCUGGUGUCAUCCGUGUGAUUUUGUAUGAUAAAGAGAAAGAAAUGAAAACAUUCCGACAUGACACGGGUGCUGCUAUCACGUCGCUGGCAAUCCACCCAGAAAAACCACUCGUGCUAUCGACGGAUGCAGAUGGUGCGAUCUGGCUAGAGAACAUGGAUGAUGGUAAGGUCAUUUGGAAACAAAAGGUACCCAUCACCUCCAGGUGGAUCCAUGCCAAGUUUAACCCAAAGGACAACUACAAAACCUUUGUUAGCAUUGACAAGUAUGGCGUAAUGAAGGUCUGGGAAGUCAACGAUUCCACCCAGCCACCUACCGCCAUGCUAAAGGAAAAAAAGUUGGCGCUAGAUAACUUUUUCGAUUAUCUUUGCGCCGACGACAGUGAUCAGCAGUAUAUGAUUAUAUCGAAGAAUCCGGUUGAAGGAGGGGCUAUCGCAUACAAAUGGGAUUUGCAGGCAGAGAAAAUAGCUCACAAAAUUCUUUUUUUCCAAGACCUGGGAAUUACCGCGAUGUCGUGCCACCCAACACUUCCAGUAAUAGUUUUAGGUACCUCCAUACAUGGUUCCUGCGCUAUUUCCUUGUGGAACUCCACUAAUAACAGGGUUGAAAUAGUGAUUGAUAACGACUACUCUGGUGCUGCAAUUAAAGAGUUUGGUUUUAUAGGCUCAACAAGUUGUUAUGGUCUCUCGGUUGCAGUUACAAGGCGGGCUCGUCGUCAGAUAUAGAGGAAACCCGUUGGUCAAAGAUUUCAUAAGAGUCCUGGAAAUCGAUAUGACAACAAUAGCAUAUCAAAAAUAGCAACAACCAUGUUGGACUUGGAGCUCCAUACUACCAUCAGUCCAUCAAAAAAUGAUCUGCCAGGACGCGGCAUUACCUUUGAUCAAUUUGAUUUGAAAAAUCAAUUUUUUUUAUGUGUGUGUUGAUGGGAACAAUAAUGCAAAGUGCCACUGUGCGUGGAAAGAGAGGUUGCGUAGGAAAUUUGUUGGCAAAUUUCUGUUCAUAUACGUUGAAAUGUUGUCUAAAUAGAUGUAGCCAAAUAGGGGUAUGAAGACCCUCGUCUCUUGAUCGGACAUCCACUCUUCAUCCAUGGAUCCGGGUAACUCAUCGAGACGCAUUUUUCUCCUUGUCAGGCAUAAAUUUGUCAAACAUGAGGGGUGCGGGGUUUGUUUUAAUAAAGACAUAUACCUUGCAUGCUCUUA